ACAUCCUUGCGAUGCACUUUUUGACGGAUUUUUCAAGGAGCCACUCAAACAAUUUCAAGUAUAAAGUUAGUUGCAUGCUCAGAAGGUUAGAUAUCGAAAGCAUUGCUGCUGUGUUCUUGGAUGGUUUGUGCUCAUGAUCUGCGUGACACCAGUACGCUCGUACCGUGCACAGCACCAGUACCAACUGCCCAGCGGUGGGGAGACUUGCACUAGCAGUGACUUGAAGGUCUCGAGAGGUGACGAAAGCAGUCGCUAAGUGCUCCAUUAUUUGAUCACGAUGGCAACAUCUGGCGGCAGCGAGAGUGUAUUGCUGGCAAAGUUUGUGGAGACGCACGAUCUACCAUGCACGGUGACGGUAAUGACUGGAUACAGUUGUGGUACGGGUGAUGAGGACGACUCGCUCAGUCAGGGAGAGGUCAUCACCUUGCACUCCGUGCAGCAGGACGAGGUGGUACAUGCCACAGACCAUGUAGGCCGCCAACAGAUCUUGCCAGCCAUUGGUAGUCGCAAGUACCAGCUCCUGCCAGAGAACCCAGAGCAUGACAGUGUUCUCUACGAAACUGUUCAGGAUCUGAUCAACGAUGUUCAGAGGCCAGAAAAAGUGCGUGUGACAGCAUCUGUCGACAGUGGCGAUGAAGAGAGCACGGUGUACAUGGACGACAUCUUGACUAUCGUCAAGGUUGAAGCGAAGCAGAGCCCGCGCACAGGGUAUGUGCAGCCCAUGCUGGUUGCUACGAACAGUUUGGGCGAAACACUACGUCUCCCUACAGAUACACCGGGCAAGUUCUCGGCCCAGCUUGACAUAAAGUGGUACAGCAUGGCCGAGAUCAUCACCAAGGGAGAGUUCCCAGUACGCGUCAGCCUCGUACGCUCUCACCCGGCGUAUCAAAGCCAAGGACUGGAUAGGUUUACCAUCACCUGUACUAGUCUGAGUCGCAAUGUCUUGGUCACGGUCAACAAGGAACUGCUGGUGAUGCCGGUCGAAACUCAGAUCGAGGUCAUGUUCAAAGAAGACGAUGGGUCACAUCAGCUCUACACGAUGAUAUCCGAAGACGCAGCAGAUGAUGAAUAUCUCGACGUCGACGAUGACGACAAUCUACCUCCGCCACCGCCUGAUGCUGAGAUGUUGAUUGCUGGUGAUGUGCCAGAUGAGGACGUAGAACCUACCAAGGUCCAGCCACCACCUGUUGCCAAAAAGCCCAAGCCACCUCCGGUUGCCACGCGACCGAAACCUGCUGCCCGCAGACACAGCGAGCACCACAAGUCUCUCCUUACAGACAUCGAGGCCGUCCGCUUACGUAUGGGCAGUGUGCGUACGUUUGGCACAUCUCGUCGCAUAUCCUCCACAGAUGGUGACGUUCUGACGAAGUCCAACCCCAGUCCGGAACAAGUGCGUGAUAUCUUCAGGAGUCUGAACGAACACACUGCUAAGACCAAUCAACUCCAGGAAGAGUCCAACAAGUGGCAGUCGCGCUGCAGUCGCCUCAACAACCACUACCAGUCGAUUCAGAAACAACUGGAGCAGCUCGAGCGAGCAGAGGAGUUCUGGAAGUUCAAGGUCACCGGUGGUGCGGAAGUCGAUGCGGAGACUCAGAAGCUCUGUGAUGACUUCAAGAUUUCCAGCGAUGCUGUAAACAGCUUGACAGUGUCCAGCCUCUCUGCGUCUGAUGAUAUUCCAUUCAGCCAAGCGACUGCGUCUGAUGAUAUUCCUCCGCCACCAGCAACGGAAGCGACGGUACAAGCACCAGCACAAGUUCCCUUUGCAGAGCUGACGUGGGCCACGCUAGACCAAGCACACAUUCAGCAGUUGCUGGCCUCCCUGAACAUGAACCAGUACAAGGAGAAAUUCUCCAGUCAGCAGGUGGACGGCGGUCUUCUUCUGGAACUGGACGAGGAAUCACUGGAGAAUGAUCUGGGUAUGAAGAGUGCACUGCAUCGGAAGAAAAUCGUCCGGACAAUAACUGGCAAGGGAUUGCAACUCUCCGAGCUGCUGAAGGCAUGAUCAUUGGGUAGGCCUGGUGGUACUUCAUACUCAUCCUCGCACUACAGUUCUAAGCAUUGCCGCAGGCUGCUGGUUAUCGGGUCAGUGACUAGGUCAGUUUUUUUUAGGAAGGUGCAGCACACAAGAUAUAAGAUAGACUGCCACCCUCAACUGGUAUUGGUGCUGGAACGGUGUCCACAUGUGCAGCUAUCAAGUUCUGCACUGUUGGCUGCCGGGCUACUUCGAAACUGCCCUCCACCCCUAGACCUGUUCAGCAGCAGUACCCCGAAGCUUCACACCUAUGCCUGAAUCAGGUGGACAUACAUCUCUUCUGUUACACCGUUGUGCUCAUGGUGGCUGUGCCCAGGUUGACGAUUCUUGAGCUAUCCGCACACCGGAACUGCUGGUAAGAGGCACUGCUGGUAACGGAGAGAUUUGAUUGCUUACUCAGUGAGCUACUGCGAUAACCAUGUGUGACAAUAGAUGAACAGGCGAUUACUAAAAGAGAAGAAGAAAGCCAUCACAAGUAUUAUGUAACAGCUGUUGUGCUAAUCAGGAGUGAUUUUACUGAGUUUUGAUGCUAAUAAUCCCAGACUGUGUACACACUGUGAACAUGCAUUAUACUGUGAUUUUCAUUGCCACGCGCCGACUGCUUUGCGUGAUUUGGCUUCACCUGAGAUUGGCCUUCGUCUUGCA